UACGAAUCAAAAUAUAUUUAUUUCGUGCUAUGUGUUAAAUAUAUUAUUAUUAUUAUUAUAUUUUUACUUUAUUUUAUUACAAAAAUUAUUUAAGGUUAACCUAACUUUGGCCUUGUAAGUUUGAUAUUUAAAUACUUUGUGUAUACAUUUUAACUAUGGCAGCAACAAUUGGAAGAAAAUUAACAGAUCAGCUAAAAAGCAAAGAGUUCAGACAAUAUUUAAUGAGCACUCAUUUCUGGGGACCUGCUGUGAACUGGGGAAUACCUAUUGCUGCCAUAACCGACUCAUUCAAAGAUCCAAAGUAUAUAAGUGGAAAAAUGACUGUUGCUCUAACAUUAUAUUCCUGUAUUUUUAUGAGAUUUGCUUGGAAGGUCCAACCUAGAAAUUUAUUACUUCUUGCUUGCCAUAUAACAAAUGCAACAGCACAGGUUGUUCAAGGAUCACGAUUUGUAAAAUAUCAUUACUUAUCAGACAAUACGAGUGAUUUACAAGUCAAAGAAGAACAACAUUGAUUUAGUUUAAUUGAAAUAUGAUGAAAGUACAAAUAUAUAAACAUUGAAGAUUUAAGCAUAUAUAGAUAGAUGUGAAAUA